CGCAUGUUAGACGAGGUUGCGUUGCGUUUAAUAAUAGACGUGUGGUCAUAGCGAAGCCCCUCUCGGCUCGUUCGCAUAUCAUCGGCGUUUAUCGCGGCGCGCAGUUGCGAUGCUGAGAAGGAUGCCAUUGUGUGAAGUUGUCACAUCAAGUGUUUGCUCGUUUCAUCGGAUACACAACAGUGCGGAAACGGAGCUGAAGCGUUUCGUUGUGGCGUUGCGUUGCGUUGCGUUCUGCUGAUGCUUGGAAUAACAGCGUUUCCACACGAACAUGCACGCGCGAAACGAUCGCAUCGCGCUAACGAUAUACGGCGAUUUUGCGUCGGGAUGUGUUAGGUGGCUAUUGUACGUGUGCGAGGUUGUGAAUCAAUAGGAAUAGAUGAAUAAUGGCAGUGAUCGCGUGCAGCUGACAUUUAUGAAGGUUAUUGUGUCAAAGUCCUGCAGCCUCACAUCUGUUUGGCCAAAAGAAAAAUGUGUCUUUUUGACGAUUUAACCCUUUGAUGUACAUUACAUUAUUGUGUUAUACUGUAUAGUAGCUCAUAAUGACAUAUUCGUGUUCUAUAUACAUUAGUAAGUAAAUAUAGGAGUGUUUUAUAGCAAAAGUGUAGUAACUAUGUAUUUUUAGUUUUUAUGUGGUUGUUACUUUAAAGAGCUUUUUCAACCUGAUCUUGACCUCAUGAAAACGACUUGCUUGUGUAACCUAGACAUUUGAAUCUUUUUUUAUGAAACCAGUUUCUUAGAUGUUAUGUGCACCGCAAGCUGCCUUAAGAAAACACUUGAAUAUACAGUGUUCCCAGGCCAUCGUGCACGCGCGAUUGCUAUUUUAACAAAGCAGCACAGCUGCGCUCUUACAUGUGUAAUGUAACAAGCUCUGUACCUGUUUUAUCUUGCACUGCGAAUACAGAAAGACAAUGAGCCGUGUGUUGAAGCUCUGUCCUGCCCCCGCGGAGGGGCUUAAAUAGCCCUUUGAAAAUAAUCAACAGGUUCUGCGAGACCCCCGGUCCAAAUGUCAAGGGUACUGUGCUGAAUUAUGAUCGAUAUUACGCGGGGGAAACGCAAACUGUCGACCGUGAAAGCGUGCUUGUUUACAUCGAGGUGUUAUUGAGAGAGAACAUUAGUGUUAAUGCUGUGUGUUUAGUGGAUCAGAGCGCGCUCCCCCAUUCAGCAGCAAUGCCAGUUAUUUGCUUUUCACAUUUAUUACGCAUUCAUGAUUUCGGGGCGGAGGGGAAGAACGGGAACAAUGCUCUCCUCCUGUGUUACACGAUUGAGAAUAUGCUGCAGGAGAUACUGUCAGCUGUACUUUUUUGGGGGCCAGGAACUAUUUAUAGAAGUGAUGGCCUACACUUACUCACACAAGAGCUUUAUUGAGUAAUGCUGAUACACCGACUGAAGGAUAUUUUGAGAGUCGAUAAUGGGAUCAAAAUUGUGUUUUCAGUGAUUUUACUAUUAACAAAUGGUAUUGCGACCAUCAGUCUUUAGGCAUUCAUUAACUAGACAGCUUCACACGUGCUGUGACAGGUCAGGUAUUGUGUGAAGAAGGUUUUGUGCUAAAUGAGACGUGCAGAAUUGAAAUAAUAAUGUGAUGAAGUGUCAGGCCAAGCACCUGCAGUAACGUGAGAUCUUCACAUGCACUCAGCACAUCGGCCAAUUCAAUUACAUUUGCAUCUGCAGCCAGUGACUAUCAGAGAAUCUAUUGUUAUUGCGUGUUAAUGAUACAACAACAAACGUGCGUAUUAACACAAUCUGCAUUAACAGAAUGGGUCCCAUUUAUUAAAGAAUGUUAUUGAAAAUGAUUUAUGAGAUAAUUCUGCGUGCUCGGCUCAAGCAGCUAGCUGAAGCUGGCUUAUUUAUUAUCUGCGUUGUAAAGGGUGUGUUGAAAAUGCUUCUCACAUCUUUUGGUUUUGCUUUUAAAGGUUGUUCGUUCAAUUAAACUCAAGUCUACAUUCACUUGGCUAGGCAGCUGGAGCCGGUUAUGUGGCCACCAAUAAAUCAACGACCUAGAAUAAAUAUGUAAUGGAUGAAGUCAUCGCUGUUUCAGAGAAGGUCAUCGUGAAGUUAGAGGAUCUGGUGAAAUGGACGGUGGCGGAUUGGUCGUGUUGGAAGAAGGGUCUGCGGGCCAUGCCCCUGAAACCCACCGUCCUGAAAGAGCUGGGCAAGAACGGUCAGAGAGAAGCGCUUCACAAAUACAGAGAGUCCACCCUCAACAGCGGCCUCAACUUCAAGGACGUCCUGAAAGAGAAAACUGAUCUCGGUGAUGAUGUGGAGGAGAAGAGAGUUUUGGUGUUGAGUUAUCCUCAAUACUGCCGGUACCGGUCCGUCAUCGCGAGACUCCGCGAGCGGCCCACCUCCCUCCUGACCGACCAUGUGGUGCUGGCGCUGGGCGGCAUUGCCUCCUUGACCAACAACACCCAGAUCCUGUACUGCAGGGACACCUUCGAUCACCCCACGCUGGUGGAGAACGAGAGCGUGUGCGAUGAAUUCGCACCCAACCUGAAGGGCCGGCCCAGAAAGAAGAGGCUCUCCAUCUGUCAGAGACGAGACUCACAGGGUCCGAGCGCAGCGAAAGAGCCCAGCAGUGCACUGGAGAACAAGUCACCUGUCAAGGUGAGGGUGGACUCAAAAUCAGGUGUGUGGAAGCCCAGGAGCGCCGGCAGCAGCUGUAAGAGAGUCACCGGUGAGGGGAAACAGCGGAUGGAGACACCUGAGGAGUGUCACACAGAUGAACAGGCCUUUCUGGUGGCGCUCUACAAGUACAUGAAAGAAAGAAAAACCCCCAUCGAGAGAAUACCGUACCUGGGCUUCAAACAGAUAAACCUCUGGACGAUGUUUCAAGCGGCUCAGAAACUGGGAGGAUAUGAGGUGAUCACGGCUCGCCGACAGUGGAAAAAUGUAUAUGACGAACUGGGCGGAAACCCGGGAAGCACCAGCGCCGCCACAUGUACACGCCGACAUUAUGAGAGGCUCAUUUUGCCCUAUGAGAGAUUUACUAAAGGAGAGGAGGACAAACCUCUCCCCCCCUCCAAAUCCCGCAAACAGGAGACCGGUGGUCUGGAGGCGUCGGUCAAAACAAAACUGACAGCCAUCAAGCGACCUAAAGACGAACAAAAUCCAAAGUGUGGGACUGAAAAGGACGUCUCGGGGAACGCCCCAGAGCAGGGACACGAGGACAAGGAAGAGCUCCAAGAGGUGCUGGAAAAGCAGGAGAGCCAUCAGGGUCCAGUCAAGAAGGAGAGCGAAUCUGAGAGUCCUCUUUCUGAAGAUGAGGGUGUGCAGCUGGUUGUCAAGGAUGAAGAGCAGAAGCCAGUGCUCCACAGCACGUAUGAACAGGCAAAUGGGAUCGUGCUUUCCUCCCUUCCACUAGAUGGCGUGCCACUCAAAUCAGAGGACUGUGAUGCGUUUCCCGUUUCUGCCGCGGCCAUACCAUUACGCCAUGCCCACCCUCUCCCCAACUCACACACAGCGGGCCAAUGGCAGCAUGGGUUGGUGGAGUACAAGGUACCUCCCAGCAUCCUCGGAAAGGUGGAACCAAAGGAGAGCCAUAACCAGGUGGGAACGGUGCUGCCCACUUUGAAGCAGAAAUCGCUCACAACUCCAGAAAUCCCACCCGAGAGGAUUGAAGUCCCUAGAAAGGAAGAAGUGUGCUUCAGUUAUAAUCCACUCCUCUACCCCAGGGGCAAUCCGGGCAUCAUGUCACCCUUAGCAAAGAAGAAGAUGCUGUCCCAGGUCAGUGGCACAGGACUCCUUAAUAAUUACCCAUAUGGACCACCACCUCCUUUAGUCAGCAGGAGGUUAUCCAGCAGUGGGACAGAGGAGUCAGUCACAGGGCAGCAGAGCUCCCAGACUCCCCCUACAACAGAACCAAACAUGGUGAUCAAACGGCCAUCGGUUAUCCAGCAUGCUCAGAGCUUUAAGUCCAGGGCUAGCGAGGAUAGGAGGUGCUCAACGGAGUCCUCUCAGAAAGAAGGCUGUGGUGAGGGAGAACCUCAAGCCCAGUCACAGCCUACCCAGAUAAGAGAGUCAUAUCUCCCGAGGACUGACACCCAUUCCAGCGUGGAGAAAUCGGCUGAGAUGCCUCGUCCCGGCCAGGCUCCCAGCUUCCUGAGUGACUUUUAUUCCUCGCCGCACCUGCACGACCUCUGCCGACAAACCGAGCAUCAUCUAAACAAGGAGCAGAUAAGCAAGUAUCUCAACAGGGAUGCUUACCCUCGGGACUGUGAGACAGCGCAGGGCUUUCCCGCAAACCAGCAUCGUGACAGCAUGGGUUUGACUUACUGUGCCCGGCUCAGUCAGAAAGAUAAGGGCCCGGCCGAAGAAAGGGUAACAGAGGAGCAACCCACUGAUUUGAGCCUCCCGAAGCCCUCUCCUUACAAACCGUCCCUUUCCACAUUCCUGCAUACCACAAUGCAGCAGGACAUUAAAAACUCUUCUCUAUAUCAAGCAGGCACCGGUCAGAGCUCAAGCGUAGAUUACCAUCCCAGGGCUUGCCGCGUUCCUCCCAUGACUGUGUCCUUGCAUAAAAAGGUUGUUGAAUCUCAUCCGAGGGUUCUGGAGAAAGUUCACAACGGCAGAGCAGAAGACACGUUGGGCUACAAGAUGGAUGAGAUGACUCGGCCCAUUCUGGGCACCAAAAGCUGCCCGCAGAAUAUCUGCACUACAAGGCCACUCAAGAGAAACCUCGAAGAGCUGGAGAACGGAGCGCGGGAGAAGAAGAUCCGGGCCGUGACGCCCUUGCACUGCUCGACGCGAAGAGACGGCCCAGGGAAAGCACGGACGCCAGAUGCUGACGGCGAGUCGGCGAAGCCAGCAGAAGCCGCUCACGCAGUGCACAGUUACACUACGGAAGGUCACAAGUUCCCGCUGCACUCCCACCUUUUCCAAGGGCUGUAUCCCGGGGCUUUUGUAUCUCAGGUACAGGACAUGUGCGAAAGCCUGGGCUCCCACGUCACGCCGAGCUACUCUCAUCCACUGCAGUACUUGAAGAACCAGGCUGUGCUCUCACCCCUCAUGCCCCCCUUCGCCAUUCAUUCCUUAAUGAUGCAGAGACAGUUCCUGCCCCCCAACCCCGCCCACAUGUACAGGCACCAGGUGGGGACAUCGUACGGGGACCUUCUGCACCCCGGCUUCUACCCCAUGUCGGCCCUCCACCCUCAGCCGGCGUUCAGUCCCCCUCAGCUCUCUUCAGUGCACCCCAGCACUAAACUCACCUAGGUGACUCAACCUACGCGUAACUCGGACUUGACGCUCCCCGACAAGCACGGUCACACUACAUAUCUUACCAAUAGCAGUGUUUUAAGACACAUGGGAGGCGUCAUUUCUGUUUUCAUCAUCUUGCCACUCUAGUUUAUUAUUUGCACAUUUCAGCGAACAGGGGCCAAGAUGGCGGCUUACACACCGCACUGUUCCAAAGUGUUGGAAAACACGUUGCCUUGGCACAGGUGCUCAAGUGGAGAUGGGCGGGAUUUCCACGGAGGUGCCUAAAGGAAUGUCGAGCGACAAAUCAGUGCAAUGCAACAGUGCUAUUUCUGUCUGAAACACUACCAUAUGAUAAUGGAAGAGCUGCCUGCUUAACUCUUUCCCCAUGACUCUUGACCGUGUGUUUUUCUUGUUGUUGUUUAAUGUAACAGUGUGGUUGUUUUUUCAAUCCUACAAGGGUUAAGCAAUGAGAUAUCACAUUUGAUACAGAUGCAAACAAAGAAGGCACAGUAUUGCAGUUUGACGUGUUACACGGUUACAUGUAAAUAAAACGAACUAAGCUUUCCUCGAAGGAAUCUUAAACGUCAGUGAUGAAAUGCGAGGUAGCUUCUUUGACCACUGUCUGCAACCGGCCUGGCUUUCAGCUCCCCGCACACCCGGCCAAACCCGCUGCCGCUCGCCGGGGCCAUGUGGAAUGUGUUUGUCAAACGUAGGACCGAGGUGCUUGGACAUAACCUUCACAAACUGAAGGCGUUUGUCACGUUCACGCGCUACUGUAUUCUCAGACUGCUCUGAACUGUGGGGCUCCAGGGCCAUUUUGGACUUUGCUUUCAGGAGGAGAAACGCAGCGUCUACAGAACUGCUCGAGUAACUUUUGUAUUUGCUGGUGUACACUUGUGAACGCUUACUCAGAGGACUUUUAUAUCAGGAGGGACGAAUGAAAUUUCAAACUACAUUUGGGGAAAUACGAUUUUAGGAGCACUUAGUUAAGCACCCGUACAGACUUUUCCAGCUGUUUCAGUUUAAGGAUAGCUAGUCAAAAUUGGUUUUAUGUGAUGUUUAAGUUUUAGGUCUGUAAGUGCUGGCAGCAGUCAAAUUUGCGUCGGAAUUAAAUGAAGUGUAACAUUUGCUGGAAAAGUUUUUCGUUUAAAACGGCAUGAUUUCUUUGCACAAAAGAUUUUGGGGACGUACCAAGAGACACAGCAACACAGUACUCCUAGGGGUAAUCAAUUGUAUUUUUCUUUCUUUCUUUUUUGUUUGUUUGUUUGUUCAGUUGAUGUAUUGGUAGUAGAAACUAAACUUUAAGAAAUGUAUUUACUCCAACAGUGUUUGGAGUAACACUCAAGGUUGCUAUGUAACAUUUUGUAAUGAAUAAUAAACAGUUUUAUAACUUAAAA